CUUUAAGUAAACUAAGGAUCCCAAAUUUAUACCCAGCCAGCCAAGUGGAAAUCGUCCAAUCCAAUGUGGUCUUUGACAUAAGCAGCCUCAUGCUGUAUGGAACUCAAGCCGUUCCUGUCCGACUCAAAAUUCUCCUAGAUCGUCUUUUCAGUGUCUUGAAGCAAGAAGAGGUCGUACACAUCCUCCAUGCUCUGGACUGGACACUUCAGGACUACAUACGGGGUUACGUUCUACAGGAUGCUUCGGGAAAGGUCCUGGAUCACUGGAGUAUCAUGAGCAGCGAAGAGGAGCUGGCCACCUUGCAGCAAUUUCUGCGUUUUGGGGAAACCAAAUCCAUUGUGGAGCUGAUGGCCGUUCAUGAGAAAGAAGGGCAAUCCAUUACCGUCCCCACCACCACAGCCAGUAUGGAUAUCAGAGCCUUUAUCGAAAGCUGCAAUCAGAGAAACUCGAACCUCUCUGCUUCUUUAGACAAAAUGCACCCCAUCCACAUCCAUCACUUUGAAAAUGUGGUCAACAACAUGGCGUUUAUGCUGCCCUUUCAGUUUUAUAGCCCCGUUCCUCCACCUCUGAUUGGUUCGCUCCCAGAGAGGCUCCUGAUGGAGUCCUCUCAAGACCACAGCCCGGAUUUAAAACCAGACCACUAUGUGCCAUUUGCUGAAAACAGUUUCUUAACUUCCAAUCCGUCGUUUCAACCAGAAAAGGAGGAGACCGCCAGCCCGGAUCUCACUUUCAAACCAAAAGAGGACGUGUCACCAAGUAAUGUGAAAACUCAAACCGUGUCCUCAAAGCUAGAAACAAGCCAGAUAUCUCCCGAAAGUAAGAUGAAGUCAGUUGACAAAAAUGGAGCUGGAACAAGGAAAGGACGUGUUUUCUGUACAGCGUGCGAGAAGACCUUUUAUGAUAAGGGCACUCUGAAGAUCCACUACAAUGCGGUCCAUCUGAAAAUCAAACACAAAUGCACUAUUGACGGCUGCAACAUGGUGUUCAGCUCGCUGAGGAGCCGUAACCGUCACAGUGCCAAUCCCAACCCAAGACUUCACAUGCCCAUGAACCGAAACAACCGAGAUAAAGAUCUCCGAAACGGGUUGUCCAUCCGAGGUCUGGAGGAGAACAAAAGGACCGAUUUUACCCUUCUACCUCCUGACCACAGAUCAGUUCCUAUCUAUGGGAGUUCUGGUACCGAUUCCAAAGUCCAACCAGGUUUUCACCAUAGCGGACACAAUGGUGUCCUUUUCCCCAAUUUGAAGACAGUGCAACCGGUCCUUCCUUUCUACCGCAGCCCGGUCACCCCAGCUGAAAUUGCACACACACCAGGUACGCUUCCUUCUCUACCUCUGGUUUCCUCAUCAGUACCUGAACCACAGGGGUCCAGUGAGUUGCCCUUUGAUCCGUUGCCUAAGAAAAAAUCCCGUAAGUCUAGCAUGCCCAUCAAGAUAGAGAAAGAAGCCGUUGACACCACUAGCCCAACUCAUGAAGUGGCCAGUUCAGAAGAUGAUGGGACGCCAAAGGCGGUAAGUGAAGGGCCUGUGGAGAUGGGGGUGUCUAGGAUAGAAAAAAAUACGAACCAUCUCAUGGAGAAACAUGGAGAGACGUUGGGGACAUCCAUUCCCAAGGCUGCAGGGCUCAAAACUUUGCAGGCUAUCAAGACAAAUAACCAAUGCACUGAAACGGACAAACUGCAUAAGCCAGAUCAAGACAAAUCGCUAAGAAUGGCCUCUUGUGAAAAUGCACACAAAGCACCCAACCAACACCAUGAUGUGACCAAAGCAGCAACUGAGCCCUACAGCUACCUUAGAGAAGAACCAUUGAAUUACAGGAUCCCAAUGAACAACUGGCCUGAACUGCAUUACCACUUGUUGAGUGGAAGCAGUUUCGGUGCGCUAUCCAACCGGAGUAUGGCUGUUCCUGGCUUUGAAGCGUGUAACAAUACGGAUCACGGCCAUCCCCAGGCCCUAGGGCUCUCGCAGGAAGACGCCGGCUUCCAUUGCGACAUCUGCCUGAAGACCUUUAAAAACCCUUACAGUGUAAAAAUGCAUUUUAAAAAUGUGCAUCUAAAAGAAAUGCACACUUGCGUUGUGGAGGGUUGCAAUGCUGCUUUUCCCUCGCGUAGGAGCCGAGACAGACACAGCUCCAAUUUAAACCUUCACCAUAAACUUUUAACGAAAGAUCCUUUGGACAUCGGCAAGGAUCAUUUCAACGCAAUCGAUCUCUUGAAGGACAUGGCCCAAGACGUUUGCCCGGAAGCUUGCUUGAAAGGACACAUGGAGCAACACACGUCGGUCAUUUUCAAAGGCACAAACAGAACUGGCAGCUUGGUUUUCCCGAUGAGCAAGUUCGCAGAACCCUGUCCCGAGAGCUGUGGGCAUAACCCCAACGAGGGAGCGAUUCUGGAUUUAAGCACCACGUCUAGCAUUAAGUCAGAGAGUGGGACUCACUCUUCCUGGGAUUCGGAUGGAGGCAAUGAAGAAAGUCCAGAGGCUUUAGAGGACAGCAACGAAAGCUGUGAAAGUCUGUGUUUGAUGCCCAAUGAAGAGCUUUACCAAGACUGUUGUCCGGUGGAGGCCCCUACCACGAAUUUCCCAACUGCACCUUCCAGCUUGCCAAUAACCUGUCACCUCUGCCAAAAAAGCUACAGUAAUAAAGGAACGUUCCGAGCUCAUUACAAAACGGUGCACCUCCGUCAGCUGCACAAAUGCAAAAUCCCAGGUUGCAACACAAUGUUUUCGUCCGUUCGUAGCAGGAACCGGCACAGCCAAAAUCCCAAUUUACACAAGAGCUUGAGCAGGUCAACCCAUAGCCCCUUGUCAUAG